ACAGUUUUGUGCAUUUGUAUUUAUAUUAAAUGUGUUUAUAGACUAAAUACCAUAAAGCCAUUCUAGAUAUAGAAAUAAAAUUUUUACGUUUUACCAUGUAGUGAGGUGCCAUGUGUGGGUUUUACCUGUGGUGAUCUAAACAGAGUAUUUAAAUAAGAAUAGAGUUCUAACUGAGUAAUAAUAUUUAAAUUUCACCCUUUAAAAAUGAGGUUGUUAAAUGUUUUACAGAUAUUGUUUGUGUAUUAAAUUUACAUCUGUGUCCUAUCUCAUAAUAGAAAAGGAACUGGCCUCUAGCAUCGAAUCUGUCGUCCUUAUAAAAAAGUUUGGACACCCCUGGUUUACCUGAAAAUGCUAUUUGUCACCUUUGUUGAGAUUCAUACACUGAUUCUUGAAGUGUGUGUGUAAAUGGUAGAAUACUAUUUUUUUUUUUUACCAACUUCUAAAAGUCCUUGAAUGUUGAAAAUGCUGGAUCUUAUCCGGUAGACCAAGGGUGUCCAACCCUGCUCCUGGAGGACUACCUUACUGCAGAAUUCAGUUCCAACCCCGCUCCAACACACCUUUCUGUAAUUACACCAGGAUUAGCUGGUUCAGGUGUGUUUGAUUCAGGUUGGAGCUAAAAUCUGCAGGGCAGUAGCCCUCCCGGACCAGGGUUGGACACCCCUGCUGUAGACUCACUGCACUGCUGUAAUUAAUAAAGUAAAUCUAAUUCAGAGAUUAGGUUCUAAAUGAGAUCAGAGAUAAAGAUCAUAACAUGAUGAUUGUGUCAAAACAUAAACAUCUGACCACAUUUUUUCUUUGCUUGUCUGACUGUAAUAACUAAAUUACAGUAGCCAGACAAAAUGUAAUGUUACAAACUAAAGUAAAACAGAUCACCAUGAUGGUGACUUAAAGAUUGUUACUCUAUCCUUUGAUGAUUAUACUUAUUAACAUCAGGUGCCUUCAAUAAUAGUUAAUUUUCACUUUAACACUGCUUCUGUGUUAAUAAUAACACUCUUGAGUGUAGACUCAAAUAAGCUCUGAGGAGGGUUAAUUUAACACAGUUUUUUUUGCUGUGUAUCUAUGGACUUUUAAGGUAAUCAGCUAAUAAACCCUUCUUGUUUUUCUUUUUUCCCUUCUUUUUUUUUGUGUAGCUACCAACACAUACAUGAUAAUAUCUAUACAUAUGUCUAGGAAGUCUGCUUUCCACUUCGCUUUAAACUUACACACAAAAACUUCCCUAUAAACACUUCCCCUUGGGGGAAUCCCCACUGCCAUUGUAUAAAUCCAUUCCACUUCAUCAAGUGGAUGAGGAAAUUUUAUAUGGACAGACCCUUAACCCAUUGGUUUUGAUCUGCUCAUAUUUAAGCCGUCUUCCUUGUUGCGGACAUACUGUGGCCACCGUGUGCGUGUGUCUGUUACAUCCACGAGACCAGGGGACAAUUUGUAAUUUCAGACUGAAGGUUCAGUGUGCACUAUUGCCGAGCCUGCACUGAAGCGAUCUCCACGACAGCCGUCUACCUGACGAUCAAAGUGGCUGUAUGUCACAAAAGUGAGGAAUCAGGAAUGGAACCAGGAAUCUUUUAUCUACGUUUUGAAAACAAAGAUACUGAGAGCACCACUGGUCCCAAGACCGAGACACCAAGUUGCAGCCAGGAUGAAGGAAAAGCUCAAAAGCACAGAGGAAGCAGAUGUUUGGUGUUGAUGACAGUGUGUCUUGGGCUCAUUUGUGUUCUUCUGCUGGUCUACAUCAUACUGCAGUACUUCUCCAUCACAGCAGUGACAAACCUGUUCAAGAGUUACAAGAAUAAAGUCGAAGAGUUCAAUCAGACGAUCAACAGCUUACAGGACAAUUACACUGAUCUAAUGAAUGAAAAGAACCAACUGCAGAACAACAUCAACUCUUUGACUCAGAGGAAACAGGAGUUGGAGACCAGAGUCAAUAAUCUCACUGCCGAGAAAAGCCGGUUACUGGAAAGCUUUGACUCUUUGACUCAGAAGAAACAGGAGUUGGAGACCAGAGUAAAUAAUCUCACUGCUGAGAAAAGCCAGUUACAGAACAGUUUCAACUCUUUGAGUCAGAAGAAACUUGAGCUGGAGACCAGAGUCAGUAAUCUCACUGCAGAGAAAAGCCAGUUACAGAGCACCAUUAACGCUUUGAAUCAGAAGAAACUUGAGCUGGAGACCAGAGUCAAUGAUCUCACUGCUGAGAAAAGCCAGUUACAGAGCACCAUUAACGCUUUGAAUCAGAAGAAACUUGAGCUGGAGACCAGAGUCAAUGAUCUCACUGCUGAGAAAAGCCAGUUACAGAGCACCAUUAACGCUUUGAAUCAGAAGAUACUGCAGUUAGAAAGCAAAGUCACAUCUCUGAGUACUGAACUAAAACAAGCUUAUGAAAAAGGAUACCGGUGGGGUUCAGGUUGGAUUUUCUUAUCCAAUGGAUUAAACUCCUGGUCUGAGAGCAGGCAGUACUGCAGGAAUAUAGGUGCUGACCUGGUCAUUAUCAAAAGUGAAGAGAAGCAGAGGUUUAUAAAUUCAAUUGUCCCGGAGAGAGCAUGGAUUGGUUUGAAUGACAUACAGCAGGAGGGCACCAUGAAAUGGGUGGAUAAUUCACCACUGAAUCAAGGGUUUUGGUUCGCAGGUGAGCCGAAUGAUGCGGGUGGAAAUGAGGAUUGUAUUGAACAUAUCCCAUAUCCCCAAUAUCCCAUCCAGACCUGGAAUGAUCUCCCAUGCUCCGAGAUGAGAAAGGCAAUUUGUGAGAAAUAGGGUUCAUGCCAUCUUUUUUGUGAUUUUACUUAUAUUAUUUUAUGGAAUAAAUCAUAUUGUGAUCACAUAAUUUCUGAUCAAGGUUCUUGCCUUUUAAAACAGUUUCAAGCCCGACUCUUUAGCCAUUAGGCCACAACUGCCACAAUAUGAUGUCAAUUUUGGUUUGUAAUUUCCUAUAAUGUAGAAAAUGAUGAGUGGAUAUUCAGAUUACUAAAUAAACUGCAAAAUGUUACGUUUUCUAAUACAUUUAUUUGACGCAUGGAUUGUUCACUUUUUACACGUAUGUGAGGGUCAGCGUACAGUGCGUGUGUGACAAAUGCAAAUUUCAUCAUCAGAAGAGUACGCGCACCGCCAGAUUUUUCAAACAGUGGUUGUGAUGUAAUUAUAGAAAUAUAGUCUGACGCUGUGCAUGUUUUUGGAAUACAACAAAGCUGGAACAUUCCAUUCACAGUAAAUGCUUCUCUGCAAGUGCUUUGUGUUUGAGUCGCUUAUAAUUUGCAUUUGGGAAUGCAAACGUAUGGCAAACAUCUUCUGAAAUUCAUAAUGAGAAUAGUUUAUAAAUCUUUUGUUGUCAACAAACAGAGUAGCGUUAAGAUUGACUGGUGUUCAGCCAAAAUAAAAGCUCAAUAUUUUAACGUUUGAAAGCAAGAAAUUAAGACAUUCAUAAAUGUUAGUAAUGUAAUUUUACUAUUUUUCUGUAAAAUAAAACAAAAAUAUUUGUAGUUGA